AUGUCACCUCAUCCCACUACGCUCCUCCCCUAUUCCGAGCGAAUCCAACUCCACACUAAUCCUACCGCCAAGAGAAUCCUCGAAAUCAUGGAUAGGAAGAAGACGAAUCUCGCUGUUUCGGUUGAUGUGACUACUGCCGAAGAAGCUUUGGAGGUCGUGAGGAGAGUCGGAGAGAGCGUUUGCAUGGUCAAGACCCACUGCGACAUAAUCGAAGAUUUCACACUUGCAUUCUCUGAAGAAUUAGUCAAACUCUCAAAGGAAUUGGAUUUCGUCAUUUUCGAAGAUAGGAAAUUCGCUGAUAUUGGAAACACUGUCUCCCUCCAAUACUCUUCAGGCGUACACAAGAUCUCAUCCUGGGCAGAUCUCACCAAUGCCCAUUCAGUCCCUGGACCUGGUAUCAUCAAAGGUCUUUCUACCGUCGGUCAACCAUUAGGAAGAGCUUUAAUCCUUUUAGCAGAAAUGUCUUCAUCCGGUUCUCUAGCAGUUGACGGAUACACCAAGCAAACUUUCCAAAUGGCCAAAGACGCAGGCAGGGAAUUCGUAGUUGGUUUCAUCGCUCAAAGUAGAAUCGAUACUGACAUUUCAGAUGGUGAAGAUUGGUUAAUCCUCAGUCCAGGUGUAGGUUUAGCUGCAAAAGGUGAUAGUCUAGGUCAACAAUAUAGAACUCCAAAAGAAGUUGUUGGUGAUGCAGGUGCAGAUGUUAUUAUCGUUGGACGAGGUAUUUACGGUAUAAAAGGUGGUGAACAAGCUGUUAAAGAUGAGGCUGAAAGAUAUAGGAAAGAAGGUUGGAAAGCUUAUGAAGAGAGAUUGCAGAGGCAAUAA